CGCCUUUUUACAGUUCUGACACCCUUUUUUUUUAUUUUUUAUUUUUUUAUUUUUAUUUUUUUUAUUACUAUUAUUAUUACAUAUAUAUAUACAAAGUAAUCUUUAUACAAUGUCAACAGCAAAAAGUGCUUCUUAUGAUUAUCUUAUCAAGUUAUUAUUGAUUGGUGACUCUGGUGUAGGAAAAAGUUGUUUACUUUUGCGUUUCUCAGAUGACUCUUUUACCCCUUCGUUUAUCACCACCAUUGGUAUUGAUUUCAAAAUCAGAACUAUUGAACUGGAUGGAAAACGUAUCAAGCUACAGAUUUGGGAUACAGCUGGUCAAGAAAGAUUCCGUACUAUCACUACAGCUUAUUAUCGUGGAGCUAUGGGUAUUCUCUUGGUGUAUGAUGUUACUGAUGAACGGUCUUUUGGAAAUGUCAGAAACUGGUUCUCCAAUAUUGAACAACAUGCCAAUGAAGGUGUCAACAAAAUAUUGAUUGGAAAUAAAUGUGAUAUGGAAGAUAAACGAGUUGUUACAAAAGAACAAGGUGAAGCAUUGGCAAACGAACUAGGUAUCCAAUUUAUGGAAACAAGUGCAAAGGCAAACAUUGGUGUAGAAGAAGCUUUCUUUGAUCUUGCAAGGGAUAUCAAGAAACGAUUAAUCGAUACUCAACAAACACAACAAACUCGUCAAAGGGAAGAAGUUCGUCUUGACAACAAUACAACAACGAACAAUAAAACUGCUGGUGGAUGCUGUCAAUAGUUUUCUUUUAUUGUUAUCAAUAGGAUGAUGAUGAUGUAUGUGUAGUUCCCUUUCCUUUCACACCCCCUUUUUUUUUCUCUCUCACUAUCUCCCUUUUUUUUUUUUUUUUUUGUUAUUUACUCUUUUAUUCUUUUUU